AUGAACGAACAAGCCGAUAGGCUUGCUAGUCAAAGGAAACUUGAGCAAUUACAAAGCGUGAUUCACCAUGAAAUCUCUAAAUCGAGUGUUGCCAAGAAAGAGUGCAUGGAUAUAGAAAAUAUGUCUCACAAUUGGAUGACCCCGAUUAUCCAAUACCUUAUCGACAACAGUUUGCCAAAAGAGCUAGACUUGGCUAAGAAAGUAUGGAUGCAGGCAGCCAAGUACACAAUCCUCGACAAAGAGCUAUAUAAAAGAGGAAUUUCAACACCUAUACUGAAAUGUCUAGAUGAAGAUCAAGCCAACUAUGUGAUGAGGAAAAUUUAUGAAGGAAUCUGUGGCACACAUUCGGGAGGACGAACCAUGGCAGUUAAAGUUCUAAGAACUGGAUACUUCUGGCCGACACUGUCCAAAGAUUGCAGCAUCUUUGUAAAGAAAUCUAUUCCCUGUCAACAACACGGUCCUCACAUACACCAGUAUGCCGACACCCUUCAUUCCAUCACUUCUCCUUGGCCAUUCAUCAUUUGGGGAAUUCUCGGUCCUUUUCCCUUGGCAAAAGGGUAG